AUGGCUACAACUAUUGAAAAAAAUUGUUGUGCUAUAUGCAACAAAGAAAAAGCCAAAUCGAAAUGUGAAGGAUGUUCAAAAGAUUUUUGCUCCAGUCAUUUUGCAGAUCAUCGUCAAGAAUUGAGUAAACAAAUAGACGAAGUAGAAGUCUCAUGUGAUCUCUUUCGACAAAUGCUUACGCAGCAAUCAUCUCCGUCAUCACAGCAUUCAGUGAUGCAACACAUUGAUAAAUGGGAACGUGACUCUAUUCAGAAAGUUCGACAAACAGCAGAAGAAGCUAGACAACUACUGCUCAAAAAUUUUGAUCUGAUUAUAGCACAACUGUAUGUACCAAACAUUAGUGCUAAUACAAAAUGGAUACAAAAGGGUAUUACUGCGGCUGGUGGUAAUGGACGAGGUGUGGGAUUAAAUCAAUUAAAUUAUCCACGAAAUGUUUACAUUGACAGUGACCAGACUAUGUAUAUUGCUGAUUACUCAAAUCAUCGUAUUAUGGAAUGGAAGUAUGGAGCAACGAGUGGUCAAGUUGUUGCUGGUGGAAAUAGAUUAGGAAAUCGAACUCAUCAAUUGAAUAAUCCAUCAGACGUUAUUGUUGAUGAAGAACAAGAUUGUCUCAUCAUUUCUGACUAUGGUAAUCGACGAGUAAUGCGAUGGCCUCGUCGAAAUGGCACAAACGGACAAAUACUCAUAUCUGAUAUUGACUGUUCGGGAUUAAUGAUGGAUAAUCAUGGAUUUCUAUAUGUUUCUGACUCACAGAAACAUGAAGUAAGACGAUGGCGAAUGGGAGAUGAGAGUGGAACCGUGGUAGCGGGUGGUAAUGGUAGAGGUAGCCGUCUGGAUCAACUCAGCUUUCCUACUUCAACAUUUGUCGAUCGGGAUCAUUCAGUUUACGUGUCCGAUUCGGAAAAUCAUCGUGUAAUGAAGUGGAUGAAAGGUGCAAAAGAAGGUAUUGUUGUUGCCGGUGGUCCAGAUCAAAAGAAAGGCUCAAUACAAUUAUCAUCUCCUCGUGGAGUCUUCACUGACUCGUUGGGUACAGUCUAUGUUGUAGAUUGGAGUAAUGCUCGUGUAUUAAGUUGGCCUAAAGGAGCUACUCAAGGUACUAUUAUUGUUGGUGGAAAUGGAGAAGGAGCAGAAGCUCACCAGUUCUAUUGUCCAAUGGCUUUAUCUAAACUAACAUUUUCAAAAAAUGUAGUGAAUAUUGUAUGGAUUCAUACUUGUUUCAUUCAUUCAGAAGAGACAACAAUACCAUAUCAUGAACAACAUACACUGGAUACAGCUUAUAAAACUGAGAUAAGAAAUGACAAAACUCGUCUAAAUACUGAAAAUCAAUCGAAAACGAGAAGUAAUAUCUCUAAUGAUUCCAAUCAACCAACAACAUCGAAAACUUCUAGUCGAGUCAUAAAUAAUGAUGAAUAUAAUAAAAAUAAUGUCAAUCAACAACGAUCUGACACUAAUAAUCGAUCAAUAAUUUCUUUAACUAACUAUCGUAUUACUUUCGAUGAUUCCGAUGAUGAUGAUGCUUCAAGUUAUAUUUCAUGGGCUAGACGAGAUAUACUUGAAUAUCGUAAUAAUUAUCCAAGUGUACGAUCAGAUUCGAAAAUAACACAAAAUUAUCGUUUUUAUACAAAUCAAUUAGAAUCUUAUCCAGAUGGUGAUCUUAUUGAUAAUAUACAUAAACUAUGGUUUCGUGAUUAUGAUAGAUUAGAAUUUCAUCAUGGUUAUACUCAAUGGUUAUUUCCAUUACAAGAAAGAGGACUUAAUUGUUAUACUGAACCAUUACAAAAACAUGAAAUUGAAUCAAUAAAAAAAGACGAAAAAGCAUUAAAACGAAUACUUACAUCUUAUGAACUGAUGCUUGAUUUUUAUGGUUUUAAAUUAAUCGAUAAAAAAACUGGUGAAAUUGAUCGUUUAUCUGGUGAUUCUUAUAAAUCACGUUUUCAUAAUCUCAAUACAUCAUCACAUAAUUAUUUACGUAUUACUCGUAUUUUAAAAUGCUUGGGUGAAUUUGAUUAUGAAUAUCUUAAAUUUCCUUUUCUUGAACAAAUAUUACGAGAAAUUAUCAUAGAAAAUACACUACCAAAUUGUCUUCAAUCAUGUAAAGAUUAUUGGAUUGAAACUUUACGUAGUCGAAAUGAGCGACAUGCUAUUCGACAAUAUGCAAGACAAUUAAUUGAAUAUCGCAAUCAGGGAUUGACAUCAAGUAAAUCUCUUCGUGCUAUAAGACCAUCAAUAACAAAAGAAACAGCAGCAAAAAGUUAA